CUCCAGACGCCUCAGAACUCUCCAUCGCAAAAACCUAAAUCCCCUCUCUUCGCUUCCCGAGAAAAAUGGCACCAAAGGCAGGAAAGAAACCCGCAGAGAAGAAGCCCGCCGCCGCCGCAGCCCCCGCGGCAGAGAAGCCGGCGGAGGAGGUAGCCGAGAAGGCCCCGGCGGAGAAGAAACCCAAGGCGGGGAAGAAGCUGCCGAAGGAAGCCAUCGGGGCGACGGACAAGAAGAAGAAGAGGAGCAAGAAGAGCAUCGAGACGUACAAGAUCUACAUCUUCAAGGUGCUGAAGCAGGUCCACCCGGACAUCGGGAUCUCGAGCAAGGCCAUGGGGAUCAUGAACAGCUUCAUCAACGACAUCUUCGAGAAGCUCGCCCAGGAGGCCUCGAAGCUCGCUAGGUACAACAAGAAGCCCACGAUUACCUCCCGCGAGAUCCAGACCGCCGUGAGGCUCGUUCUCCCCGGUGAGCUCGCUAAGCACGCCGUCUCCGAAGGAACCAAGGCCGUGACUAAGUUUACUAGCUCUUGAAUUGAAAGUUGUGUGUUUUAGGGGUCUAGAUCUGGUUGUUUUUUUCUAAUUUGGUUUGUAAUUGUUGAAGAACAUAUCGACUGGUGUUAAAUCGUCUCUUUUGGAAGCAAAAUCUCAAUAUAACGCGUUGGUUAUUAUAUC